AUGCCCGAAUCUCUCGAUGCCCCUUCGGGGGGCCCCCGCGGGGCAGCCUCUGCUGCAGCAGCAGCAGCAGGUGCUGCUGCUGCUGCUGCUGACAAUGCGAAUGAGAGAGAAGGCCGCGGGGCGUCUCCCAGUCGGAGCAGCAGCAGCAGCAGCAGCAGCAGCAGCCCUACAGCAGCAGCAGCAGCAGCAGCAGCAAAAGACGAAAGGCAGGGCGAGGCGCGGGCCUGCUCUACUGUCAGCACGAGCAGCAGCACCAGCAACGCCAGCAGCAACCGCAGCAGCAUCAGCAACAGCAGCGGCAACCGCAACAGCAGCAGCAGCCGCAGCAGCAGCAGCAGCAGCAGCAGCAGCCCGCCGAUGUCCCCCUGCGCGCCUGCGCGUCGCCGCAGCUCUUCGCCUCGCCGCAAGGCGGGCGAAGCUGCUGCAGCUCGAGCAGCAGCAGCAGCAGCAGCAGCAGCAGCAGCAGCGGGCUCGCAGUCGGAGCCAGCAGCAGCAGCAGCAGGAACACCAGCAGCAGCAGCAGCAGCAGCAGCAGCAGCAGCAGCAGACAGUGGGGACUCCGAACUCGAAGAAAUGCCUCAAGAGGGAGCUGUCAGCGCUGUGCCGCCGCAGGCAGUUCCUGCGCUGUCUCGAGCGAAUUCGAGGAGCAGCAGCGGGCCCUCGCAGCAGCAGCAGCAGCAGCAGCAGCAGCAGGAGCAGCAGCAGCAGGAGGAGCAGCAGCAGCAGCGGCAGCAGCAGCAGGUCAGGUGCCCCGAGUGCCACAUUGCCUUUGCUGCCCACGAACUCAAUGACCAUCUUUUUUCCCACGCCAUAGACGCGCUGCAGCAGCAAGCAGUGCAGCAGCGGGCCUACGCCAGCAGCAGCAGCAGCAGCAGCAGCAGCAGCAGCAGCAGCAGGAGGAGGCAGGCGCAGCUGCAGCGGACGCGCUCGGCGGGGCCCAGCAGCGGCGCCCCCAUGCCCAUAUGCGCGCCGCUGCGCCCCACAGCAGCAGCAGCAGCAGCAGCAGCAGCAGCAGCAAGUGGACGUACACCUGAGCGCCGCACCUUCGGCGAGUUUGGGGGGGUGGCUUCGAGCUCCCCCAGCCCCAUCGCCUCCUCGUUUGCUGCUGCUGCUGCUGCUGCUGCUGCAGCAGCAGCAGCAGCAGGCCGCUACCCGGGGCACCGCCGCGAGGCCCACAGCGCGCCCUCGUCGCAGCAGCAGCUGCCAAGAGUGUACGAGCGGGCGGGCCGCUCGGAGCUGCAGCAGCAGCUGCUGCUGCAGCAGCAGCUGCAGCAGCAGCAGCUGCAGCAGCAGCAGUACCAGCAGCAGCAGUACCAGCAGGUGCCGUACAUAACAGCAGCAGCGCACAGAGGCGCCGCGCGCUCCCCCAGCAGCAGCAGCAGCAGCAGCAGCAGCAGCAGCUUCAUGACUCGCGUGGCUCUGGCUCGAGACAGCAGCCCUUCCGCCCGCGAGCGGCUGCAGCACUACCACUACCUGCAGCAGCAGCAGCAGCAGCAGCAGCAGCAGCAGCAGCAGCGGUACAUUGACAGACGCCAAGACAGCCACCAAGUUCGGGAGUGUCUGGGGGGCCCCCGUUACAGCGAGUGGGGGGCCCCCCGCUGCAGCUGUACGUACACCCCAGUGUACGGGGCGGGCUACGCGUACCGCCACGUGUGCAGCUUGCAUGCAGGAGCAGCAGCAGCAGCAGCAGCAGCAGGAGCAGCAGCAGCAGCAGCAGCAAGGCCGCCCCUGCAGCGGGCGCACAGCGAGCAGCUCUACAGCGAGUACGCUCGCUCCCGCGCCGCCUCCCCGUUUGCUGCCAGCAGAGCAGCAGCAGCAGCAGCAGCAGCAGCGGGGGACAGCAGCAGCAGCAGCAGCAGCAGGGGCUGGAUCUACUCCCGCAGCAGCAGCAGCACGGUGAUCGGCGUGGGCACUGUGGCCCCCACCUGGGGCGAAACUUUAAUAGCAGAAGGCCUAGUGCCUGCCUACGAGCCCCGGGGGCCCCCCCGGGGGCCCCCCCCGCUGGGGGCCCCCCUGGGGCCCCCCCUGGGGGCCCCCCUGGGGGCCCCCCUGAGGCCCCACGUGGAGGGGCCCCCCUGGACGCCCCUGCCUCGCGGGCGUUCCUUGCAGGAGCUGGGGGCGGGGGCCCCCGAGGGGCGGGGGGUGUCUGCGCCCCCGCAGCAGCAGCAGCAGCAGCAGCAGCAGCAGCAGCAGCAGCAGCAGCAGGAGCAGCAGGAAGAGGAGGAGGAGCGGCGGCUGGUGGAGGCCUUUGCUGCGUUCCUCCCCGUCAGCAGCUACGAAGAAGGCCGCGGCAGACUGCUCGACAGGGACCAGCAGCAGUGCAGCAUUUGCUGCGAAGACUACAAAGAAGGGGAGCAGCAAAAGAGACUGCCCUGCACUCACAGUUUCCACCAGAGCUGUAUAGACUGUUGGCUGCAGCGCAGCUCCUUCUGCCCGAUUUGCAAGUUCGACUUGCUCAGCGAGCUGCGCAGAAACUAG